ACCCCUGCGGCCCUCUCUGCUACCGACCCCAGCCCCCAUCCCUUCCCCUCCCCCUUCCCCUCCCCCUCUUCCCUUCCGGCCGCUCGCCGAACGCCAUCGGAAGCCCCCGCGGGGCCACAUCGAAGAUCGGGUUCUUCACUCUUGAGAAAUCAGAACCCUCCUCCUCGUCGCCUCUUCCUCUUCCUCUUCCGCUCCGGUUUCCGCUCUCUAACGAUGGAUCAGAAAUCAGAUGCUGAGUUAUCUAAGCAACCAAAUGGGGAUGCAAAGGAUGCCAACAAUGAAUCAUUAGAAAAAUCAGCAUUUGCGAUUCUGCAGCCAAUUAGGGAGGACCAAAUAGAGAAUGCUGUUAAGUUUCUCUCUCAUCCAAAAGUGAGGGGUUCUCCAGUAGUUCACCGUCGUUCUUUCCUAGAACAGAAAGGCCUCACAAAGGAGGAAAUUGAUGAAGCCUUUCGCCGUGUGCCUGAUCCAUCAUCAAAUGCUUCAAGUGUUGAGGCUACUACUGCUACCACAGUUGCCCAGACAAAACCUUCUACUGUCAUGCAACCUCAGAGGACAGGGCAAGCACCACAAUCGGCAGCUGCUCUUGUCAAUGGUGCUCAAAUGGCUCAGCAAACAACUCUUUCAAGGUUUCGCUGGUACCAUGCACUUAUUGCUGCAGGGGUUCUUGCUUCUUCAGGAGUUGGUGCUGUGGUCCUUUUCAAGAAUAUUGUUGUUCCCAGGCUGAAAGCUUGGAUCCGUAAAACUGUAGCUGAAGGAGAUGAAUCUGAAAAGGAAGAUAAACAUAGUCCCAAGCUUGCCGAAGAAGCGGCAGAAGCUGCAAAAGCAGCUGCCUCAGCUGCUGCAGUUGUUGCUAAAGCAAGUCAGGAAUUGCUAAGCAGCAAAAAUGAAGAGAGGAAGUAUUUUGAGGCCUUUAUGGGAGCCCUUGAUGUCCAAGUGAAGGAGAUGAAGUCGAUGAGUGAGGCUCUACGUAAGUUGGAGAGUAGAAAGGAGGACAGCUUCUCUCGAGAAAAGCUAACAGAAGAGUAUAUGCAAUCUACCACAAGGAAUGGGCCUGUAAGCAAUUUAUGGGGAAACUCCCAGAUCAUGACUACGGGACAAAGAGGGGAGAAGCCUCCUGGAUAUAAGACAUGGGAUGCAACACAAUAUACACAGCAAAGGCCGCCCAGCUUUGCGCAAGAGAGUUAUAGUUCUUCAUCUCAGUUAAAUGGGAGUAACUAUACCCAUGAUUUUUACUCGGAGCCUUGGUUGAAAAAGAGCACAGGAAAAGUCACUGAAAUAGAACCCGAAACAGUAAAGGCCACCAACGAGAGGGCCGGGAGAGGGUGGGUCCCGCCUCAGCCCCCAUCUGUCGUCAUGCCGGAGGCUGCGGCAGCGAUCAGGCAACCCAAGUCGUCCGUUCUAAAGCAGCGGUCUGUUGACGAGCGUUCUGUCGAGAGCUCUUCUGACGGAGAGGAGGGAGUGCGAAAGAAGGCUGAAUCCUCAGUGGAGGCGGGAGCCUCCAGCAGUGCCGCUGUCGAUGCGAGUCGCAGUGAGAUCGAAGAAGAACGGUCAGAUGCAAUUGAGGUGAAUUAAGAUCUACGACGGGUGAUCCACUUUCGCUUCUUGAAAAGAUGGAAUAAGUGAUAAUAAUAGCUCUAAUUCCCACUUAUUCUCAUUUUACAUUUUCUGGUUAAUAUGAUGUAUGAGAAAACAUGGGAGAACCGAGUGGCAUAUAGAACAGUAGCUAUUUUGUUGACAAAUAUGCGUAAGCUUAAGGCAGAAUACUUUACCGAUAAUGUCUAUAUAGGAAUAUGAAUAGGCAGUUUGUUAAAGGUUGGACUAUUCAGCUAUAUAGCGUGUAAUUUUUAAGUGGUAGCAAAUAUUUCGAUAAGA